CUUUUGGCUUUACUCUCUUGUCUCUCUCCUUUUAUAUUUUUGUCCCCCCCACCCCAGUCUCUUUCCGGGUCUGGGAUGUCCAUAGAUAUCGUCCCCACGUGUCUACUGCAGGUACUGCGAACUUGCACGUCUUCUUUUCAACCUCCCUUCGCCGUCUCUUUCUCUUUAUUUCCUUAUACUUUGGGUGUUAAAGCAUGUUGCUAAACACUGGCCCAGGGCCAGUUAGGUGAUUGUUAGGGUUUGGCUAGCGCAUGUGUGGUGCGCUCUCCCUUGCAAAAUGGCUGCCGUGGCAUCACCCAGGUGUGAGCUGAGGUGUUUCCCCUGUACAAUGUAAAGCACUUUGAGCAUAGGUGUAUUUAAUCCAAUCCAUUAGAGAUCGACCGAUUAUUGGAGGACCAAAAAAAUCCGAUACCGAUUAAUCGGACGAUUUUUAUAUAUAUAUAUUUGUAAUAAUGACAAUUAGAACAAUACUGAAUGAACACUUUUAUUUUAACUUAAUAUAAUACAUAAAUAAAAUCUAUUUAGUCUCAAAUAAUGAAACAUGUUCAAUUUGGUUUAAAUAAUGCAAAAACAAGGUGUUGGAGAAGAAAGUAAAAGUGCAAUAUGUGCCAAGUAAAAAAGCUAAAGUUUAAGUUCCUUCCUUUUAAGUUCCUUGCUCAGAACAUGAGAACAUAUGAAAGCUUAAGAAGUUUUAGGUUGUAGUAAUUAUAGGGCAAUUUCUCUCUACCAUUUGUAUUUCAUAUACCUUUGACUAUUGGAUGUUAUAAUAGGUACUUUAGUAUUGCCAGCCUAAUCUCGGGAGUUGAUAGGCUUGAAGUCAUAAACAGCACAAUGCUUGAAACACAGUGAAGAGUUGCUGGCAAACGCAGGAAAGUGCUGUUUGAAUGAAUGCUUACGAACCUGCUGCUGCCUACCACCGCUCAGUCAGACUUCUCUAUCAAAUAUCAAAUCAUAGACUUAAUAUAAUAAACACAGAAAUACGAGCCUUUGGUCAUUAAUAUGGCAAAAUCCGGAAACUAUCAUUUUGAAAACAAAAUGUUUAUUCUUUCAGUGAAAUACGGAACCGUUCCAUAUUUUAUCUAACGGGUGGCAUCCCUAAGUCUAAAUAAUGCUGUUACAUUGCAUAACUAUGUAAAUUACUGGGAAAUUAAUUACAGUCUUUGUUAGGAAGAAAUGGUCUUUCACACAGUUCGCAACGAGCCAGGCGGCCCAAACUGCUGCAUAUACCCUGACUCUGCUUGCACAGAAAGCAAGAGAAGUGACACAAUUUCCUUCGUUAAAAUACAUUCAUGUUAGCAGUCAAUAUUCACUAAAUAUGCAGGUUUAAAAAAAUAUAUACUUGUGUAAUGAAUAUAAGAAAGGCAUUGAUGUUUAUGGUUAGGUACACAUUGGUGCAACAACAGUGCUUUCUUUCGCUAAUGCGCUUGUUAAAUCAUCACCCGUUUGGUGAAGUAGGCUGGGAUUUGAUGAUAAAUUAACAUACACCGCAUUGAUUAUAUGCAACGCAGGACAAGCUAGUAAUAUCAUCAACCAUGUGUAGUUAACUAGUGAUUAUGUUAAGAUUGAUUGAUGUUUUUUAUAAGAUAAGUUCAAUGCUAGCUAGCAACUUACCUAGGCUCCUUUCUGCACUCGCGUAACAAGUGGUCAGCCUGCCACACAGUCUCCUCGUGGAGUGCGAUGUAAUCGGCCAUAACUGGCGUCCAAAAAUGCCGAUUACCGAUUUGCUCUGAAAACUUGAAAUUGGCCCUAAUUAAUCGGUCGACCUCUCUAAGGGGCACUCUACCUACCUGCAGCCAGAGAGCCUGCUUCAUGGCUCUAUGCCCAUAGUCCACCCUCUCUUAUGUAACAGUUGCCCAUCUUUGUUGUAGAGCUAAAAGAUAGGUCUGUAAACACCAAACAGUCGAGUGAUGUUUACAGGCCUUUACCUGUUGCCCUGCCCUCCUGCCUGGGGCCCGCCCAGCGGCCAGACAGCUUCCUGUUUCGCCUCAGCCAGAAGGAAGAGCAGAGGAGAGGUGAUGGUGCCGCCCCCAGGCCGGAGCCUGAAGAGGUGACCCCUACCCAGCCUCAAGGCCCCAUGGGAGAGGAGGCUGCUCUGGUGGAGCAACUGCGGAAGAACAUAGAGUCACGUCUGAAAGUGUCCUUGCCCAGCGACCUGGGAGCAGCACUGACCGACGGGGUCGUCCUCUGCCAUCUGGCAAAUCAUGUGCGGCCACGAUCCGUACCCAGCAUCCAUGUGCCCUCCCCUGCUGUGCCCAAACUGACGAUGGCCAAGUGUCGGCGGAACGUGGAGAACUUUCUGGAGGCGUGUCGCAGGAUCGGGGUUCCACAGACCCAGCUGUGCCUGCCCCUCCACAUCCUGGAGGAGAGACGGCUCCCCCUGGUGGCCGGGACGGUACGUGCACUCCUGGAGCUGGCCCCGCCCAAAUACACAACCUCCCCUGCCACCACCACUAGCCAUGUAGGGCAGCAGAGUUCCACACUCAAUCAUGGAUGGACAGAUACAGGACCCACCCUCUCGCUCUCCGAAUGUACGUUAUAUGGCUUUCCCACUCGACCACCAACCAUUUCCCCUCAACCCUAGACCCCCUCCCCCUCAACCAUACAGGGUCACCCAGCCUUCCCAGACAGGUCUUCCCCAAUGAAGAGAGAAGAGGGAGCACGAGUACGUCAAAGAAAGGGAUGACUGUCUCUUCCUCUGUGUCCUCACACAGACUGCUUACGACUUGCAGCCUCUAAAGACUGACGAACAGAUGGACAACCGAGAUUGUCGCAGACAAACAGUCAGUUGGACGGCGAGUAAGAGUGGUUAUUUAUUUUCCAUUGUUAGUCAUUUGACUUCUCUCUCCAUCCUCCUCUUAUCUAUGUUCAGUAGGGGUUGUUUUAUUUUCUAUUAUUAUUUCAUCUUAUUUUUCAUAUUCCUUUUACUUUCACAUGUUAGAUCCUUGCAUGUCAGAAGGGUUGGGUGGGUGUAUGGGGAAGGGUUAGGAGACUAGGAAGUUGUCGGUUGCAUAAGUAACCUUUUAAGGUCAUGUGCUACAAAGAGCAACAAUAACGGUGGUGGUCUGUCGUCAUGGGAACAUUGAUGCUGCCAACACUUAAAAUGGCUGUUAUUAAAUGAACCCGUCUUUUUUUGUUUUGUUAUUGUGGUCAAAUCACGAGCUGGCUGAAUCAAAAACCGAUGCUGGAUUAGAGAGAGAGAGGGCGCUCCGGGAAUCUACGCUUUAUACUUUCUCAAUGUGUACAAAACAUUACGAACACAUUCCUAAUAUUUAGUUGCACCCCCAGAACAGCCUCAAUUCGUCAGGGCCUAGACUCUACAAGGUGUCGAAAGCAUUCUAUAGGGAUGCUGGCCCAUGAUGACUCCAAUGCUUCCCACAGUUGUCAAGUUGGCUGGAUGUCCUUUGGGUGGUGAACCAUUCUUGAUACACACUGGAAACUGUAGAGUGUAAAAAAAACAGCAGAGUUGCAGUUCUUGACACAAACCGGUGAGCCUGGCAUCUACUACCAUUCCCCGUUCAAAGGCACUUAAAUAUCUUCUUGCCCAUUCACCCUCUGAAUGGCACACAUACACAAUCCAUGUCUCAAUUGUCUCAAGUCUAAAAACUCCUUCUUUAACCUGUCUCCUCCCCCUUCAUCUACACUGAUUUGAAGUGGAUUUAAUAAAGGAUCAGCUUUCACCUGGUCAGUCGGUCAUGGAAAAGGAGGUUUUCUUAAUGUUUUGUACCCUCAGGGUCAUUUUACAGAAGUGGUGCAAACUGGGACAAAAGAAAAAUCGCAUUUGUAUCCUAUUUUUCCCCAACUUUCAGCACACGUCUUCCAACAUAUUUCAGGUAGACAUAUAUACUACUCACACACUUUGUUUGUAUUGCAUAUUUGAAAUAUUUAUCUGAAUUUACCUUACCCCCCCCCAAAAAAAGUGUUAUUACAAAACACAGUGAAAAAGUUGCAAUAAAGGAAGAAUCAUGCACAAUAGUGAUUAUUUUGAUUAACCUUCCAUUAUAGAUUCAUUGGAGAAAUAAUUUGCAAACCAAAUUGACAAAAUAACAGGCGUUUCGGUGGCAAGGGUGUCAAUCAUAGACAUAAAUGGAGGACUCCGAUAGAUCUAACUCGUUUCAGUAUAGACAUUACCAUUGAGGGAUUCCACUAUUUAAAAGUAGUCAACUGUGUGGGGAUUCCUAUGGGUUUGGAAGUGAUCAGCCAAUGAUCAGAGAGCAUCGGCUUCUUCAAAUUGGGUUGCCUAUUGUUUGUAAACCAAAGAGUAAGGUAAUAUCCAGAAGCCAAGACCAAGAUUUCUACCAGGACUUUGUUGGUCCCAAGAUCCAGACCCAGUGAGUUGAGGCCAUGACAAGUUAAAGACCGAAUGUGGUCUUGGGGGGGGGACUCAGUCAGGCUUUCAAUUUACUCCUGAACGCUGUAGUAGUAUAAUGCACAAGGUGCAAUUUUGAAAGUGGGUACAUGGUGGUCCUCUGUAGCUCAGUUGGUAGAUCAUGGCGCAUGCAACUUUAAAAUGAAAAUGGCCUCAAUGGCACUGCCCGUGCUGUCACAGAUGCCAUAAUGGCAAAGAUACAACGAUGAAACCUCUGUAUAUCUCCAUGGUGUCAAUUGUUUCGGUUGUGACUUUUUCAAUUUGACUUAUUUUGAACAUCAAAUGAGGUUGGUGGCACCUUAAUUUGGGAGGACGGGCUUGUUGCAAUGGCUGGAGCGGAAUGUAUGGAAUGGUAUCAAACACAUGGUUUGUUGCCAUUCCAUUUGCGCUAUUCCAGCCAUUUAUGAGCCGUCCUCCCCUCAGCAGCCUCCACUGGCUAACAUAUUGCUAGCCAUCUUUAAUUUCCACAUCUUCUUACGUUACAGCCUUAUUCUAAAACAUACAAUAUUUUUUUCACCUCAUCAAUCUACACACAAUCCCCCAUAUUAACAACGCGGAAGCAUUUUUUUUUUGUUUUAAAAUGUAUCUAAAAAAAAAUGUUUUAAUGAAAUAUCUUAUUUACGUAACUAUUCAGAUCUUUUGCUAUGAGACUCGAAAUUGAGCUCAGGUGCAUCCUGUUUCCAUUGAUCAUCCUUGAGCUGUUACUACAACUUGAUUGGGCAUGAUUUGCAGAGGCACACACCUGUCUAUAUAAGCUCCAACAGUUGACAGUGCAUGUUAGAGCAAAAACCAAGCCAUGAGGUCGAAGAAAUUGUCCGUAGGGGAAGGGUACCAAAAAAUGUCUGCAGCAUUGAAGGUCCCGAAAACACAGUGGCCUCCAUUAUUCUUACGUUUGGAACCACCAAGUCUCUUCCUAGAGCUAGGAGGUGACCAAGAACCCAAUGAUCAUUCUGACAGAGCUCCCGAGUUCCUCUGUGGAGAUGGGAGGACCUUCCAGAAGGACAACCAUCUCUGCAGCACUCCACCAAUCAGGCCUUUAUGGUAGAGUGGCCAGACGGAAGCCACUCCUCAGUAAAAUGCACUUGACAGCCCGCUUUGAGUUUGCCCAAAGGCACCCAAAGGACUCUCAGACCAUCAGAAACAAGAUUCUCUGCUCUGAUGAAACCAACUCUUUGGCCUGAAUACUAAGUGUCAUGUCUGGAGGAAACCUGGCACCAUCACUAAGGUGAAAGAUGGUGGUGGUGGCAGCAUCAUGCUGUGGGGACAUUUUUCAGUGGCAGGGACUGGGAGACUAAUCAGGAUCGAGGGAAAGAUGAACAGAGCAAAGUACAGAGAUCCUUGAUGGAAACCUGCUCCAGAACACUCAGGACCUCAGACUGGGGUGAAGGUUGACCUACCAACAAGACAAUGACCCUAAGCGCACAGCCAAGACAACGCAGGACUGGCUUCAGGACACGUCUCUGAAUGUCCUUGAGGGGCCCAGCCAGAGCCUGGAAUCUCUGGAGAGACUUGAAAAUAGUUGUGCAGCGACGCUCUCCAUCCAACCUGACAGAGCUUGCGAGGAUCUGCAGAGAAGAAUGGGAAGAAACUCCCCAAAUAUAAGUGUGCUAGGCUUGUAGAGUCAAGGCUGUAAUCGCUGCAAAAGGUGCUUCAACAAAGUACGAACUAAAGGGCCUGAAGACUUAGGUAAAUGUGAUAUUUCCAUUUUUUUUUUUAUACAUGUGCAAAACUGUUUAAAAAAAAUGUUUUUGCUUCGUCAUUAUAGGGUAUUGUGUGUAGAUUGAUGAGUGGGAAAAAGUCAUGGGGUCUGAAUACUUUCUGAAUGCACUGUAUGUACAUCCCAAAAGCGUACUUUACACAUUUCUUGAUAUAUGAGAUGUUUGGUACUGACACUAUUUAAAAAUAGAUGAAGAUUUACCAACUUGCUCAAAAAUGUUAUCGGAAAUGUUUGCAGAUAGACUACUCACCAUGUGGUCAUGCUGGAGAGGGGUGCAAUCCCAACACCUGGUGAUAUUUGUAGGAGUUGCUUAAGGCACAGUCUUUUAUUGUGUGUGUUCAGUUAGUGAUGUCAAAAUGUGGGACAGCAUUCUUUUUUUGGAAAAAUGUUUAAAAAUAAACAACUGCUUAUUAGAUCAGUAUCUUUAUAAUAUAACACCUCUCAAAAGAAAUGUGUAUAAACAAUUACUUUGUACUAUAUUAAUUUAACAAUAUAUUUGGUAUUGCCUUAGAACAUAUUGUGAUGUAUAUAGAUGUCCUAAGUUUGGAGACUUAGCUUUUUAUUUUUUUUAUAUAUAUAUUUUUAUUUUUUUCGGGGUGGGAUUGCAAUUUGCACCGCUUCUGUAGAAUCACCCAUGUAUAAAGCUGUAAUUCAUGUGUUUUUCCACAAGGAGUUGCGUUCUCGUGUAGCUACAUGGAUUGGACGAUGUCCCUAAGCGCUGGGCCAAGGAAGUAAAAUAAAGAGUACUAUAAGAAAAGAAAACAGGCCUCUUAAAAGGUUAGUGUUACGAGUGGGAUUGGUUCAAGCUGAUCCUAGACCAGCGUUUACAGUUAACUUCUUCCUUGAGCACAGCUCAGUCAAGUCUCUAAUCAAGGGUGUAUGUAUGGGCAGGUUGACUGUAUGGGCAGGUUGACUGACAGCAUGACAUCAAGGCCUGCAACUUUGCAUUAGUAUCUGUGUUUUUAUCUUGCAGUAACGGUUAUUUCUUAUUGUAGUCCACUCUACUGAUGAGCUGUUGGGGCCGGCCAGGUUCUGGGGCUAAGGCACUGGGGAUAAACAUACACUACCUUUUUGAUUUUCUACAAACAAACGUUUAUUUUUUUCUUGUAUUUUUUACAAACCACCUCAUCACCUUCACAUGUGAGUUCAACAUGGUGUGUUGAGACCGUAGACAAGUAGUAGUGAAUAUGACAGUGUCUCCCUCAUGCACAGAACUAAUCUUUUUAUCACUACAUGUAGCCAAGUUUGUAUGACAUUCAAAUGGAUCUACAGAUUUAACUAUUGACAUUGUUCAAGACACCAAUUUUUGUCAUGAUCAAGUUGUUUUUGGUGAAUUGUUCAACCACAUCUUAUAGACACAAAUGUGGCUCUUGCUACACACACAGGUGUGCAUAUUGCUAAUUUGGUCUGGCAGCGGUUACAGUAAUCUGCCAGACCGGAACAGUAUUUAUUUGUCACUAACGCUGUCCUUAGUGAACCCCAUUGACAAGGUCGUGUUCAUUAGGCACCAAACAGAAGAAAACACACUGAAACAGGGAUUAUCUGUACUUGUCCAAUAAGAAACAUUGCAGUUCAGUUGCAUGCCCUAAUGAACAUGGCCCAGCUCUACUUAGAGCAGUGUUACCCACAGAAAGUCAGGUUAACGGACUGACUCUUAGUUCUAAUGAGGCAGACACAACCUCUUGUUCCCAGGGAGGGGGAUGAGGGAGUGCUAGCCUUAGAGCUGACAAUAAUACUCUGGUGAAGACUGACCCAAGGACCACUGAUUGAUGGGGUCGGGGAUCUUGCAGGCAGAUUCCCAGCCUCCCUUUCCAGAACUCUUAUCUAAAAGAAAGUUAAAAUAGUAAAAACAUACCUCUGAUAUAUAUUUUUCCUUUCAGAAGCUACGUAGGCUGCCUAGUUUGAUGCACAUCCCUACAGUAAAAGCUACGUAGGCUGCCUACUUAAAUGCACAUCCCUACAGUAAAAGCUACGUAGGAUGCCUACAUAGAUGCACAUCCCUACAGUAAAAGCUACGUAGGCUACCUACUUAGAUGCACAUCCCUACAGUAAAAGCUACGUAGGCUGCCUAGUUUGAUGCACAUCCCUACAGUAAAAGCUACGUAGGAUGCCUACAUAGAUGCACAUCCCUACAGUAAAAGCUACGUAGGCUGCCUACAUAGAUGCACAUCCCUACAGUAAAAGCUACGUAGGCUGCCUACUUAAAUGCACAUCCCUACAGUAAAAGCGAUGUAGACUGGGAAUCUGCAUACAUAGAUGCACAUCCCUACAGUAAAAGUGAUGUAGACUGGGAAUCUGCCUACAUAGAUGCACAUCCCUACAGUAAAAGUGAUGUAGACUGGGAAUCUGCCUACAUAGAUGCACAUCCCUACAGUAAAAGUGAUGUAGACUGGGAAUCUGCCUACAUAGAUGCACAUCCCUACAGUAAAAGCUACGUAGUCUGCCUACAUAGAUGCACAUCCCUACAGUAAAAGCUACGUAGGCUGCCUACAUAGAUGCACAAACCCUACAGUAAAAGCGAUGUAGACUGGGAAUCAGCCUACGUAGCUUCUGAAGUGAAAAAAUAUAUUAGAGGUAUGUUUUUGCCAUUUUAACUUUGUUUUGAUAAGACUCAGAGUUCUGAAAAGGGAAGUUAAAGGUGAUUUUAAAUAUAUUAUAAAUGUUUUGUUUAGAUAUUUUCACCCCUCUUAACUUAUGUCGACUGACUGGGGGUUUCUCCAGCAGAAAUCAUGUGCCCCUACUGCUGGGUCUGGACCCUGUGACAUUUGUCCAGUAAAAUAGAUACAUUCCAUAUGUUUACAAGUAGGUACCAGAUAAAGAGAGGACCUUCUUUCAUGACCGCAACAUGGUCUUUUUUACUUUUUACACUGUUUGCUGAGAAAUUGUCCCUGAAAACAUGUACAAAAUUGAAUUAUUAUUUUCUGGAAUUAAUAUUUGGAAUUCUUUAAAGUGCAUUAAUAAAAGUUACCCAUUUCA